AUGUCACUAGUAGUAGACAUGUCCGAGCAGAGAGAAGUACAAUCAUGUGAAGAGCGUACAUUGACAUUGCAAGAACUCUCCGAGGAUCUAACCAGGUUUGUCCUAAGAUGCACAAGGGGGGAAAAAUAUUACUUUCUAGAGACAGAUAAAGCCAUUUUAUACUCGGGGGCCUCACAAGGAUUACAAUUCAUUACAGAAUGGGUUGCAUCCACGGAUUCUGAUUACAAAAGAUUUGAUGUAACCGAUGAAGAUGUAGAUAAUGUGAUCUCUUGGUGUCAGUCAGUUCUGCUGCAGGGCAAAGAACUUGAACCAAAAGCAACAGAGGAUUGUGCUUGGUACUUGUGGCAGAUCUGUAGAGCCCCUUUUGAUAAAAUCAAGUCUGAAAAGCGAGCAACACGUAAUAGGCUUCUGAAGGACAUAUAUGUAAAAAUAUCAGGGAAUCGGACAACUAGUGGGAAAACAGGCGCGGAUGAAGGUAUCAGACUUAUGAUGCAUCUCCUGAGCUGGAUGACAAUGGACAAGGAAUUGUCAUUUGGGCUGGAACGCAGUAGGGUGAUAUUCGAUUGGGCGCCUAAAUCCGCCUCAAUCCCACCGAAACAACCUCGGCGGUAUCGACAGAAUAAAUCACGUGUUCACCAGGUUGGCGCUGAAGAUGGCAGAGGAGGUAGCGGAGCAUCAGCAUCAGCUUCCCAGGUGACCGAAGUUCCGGAUCUGAAUGAUACAACCCUUAUCACAGAGUGGUAA